GCUAAUAUUUAAAAAGACGAGGAUAAAAAUGAAACAAAUGUUGAGGGUAGAGAUGCAAGAGAUGUAAAGAUUGAGAACGGCGGCCGCAAUUGACCCAAAUUUAAAAAUGGAUGCCGGCGUUUGGUCACUUUUUCUUACCACGACGUCGUCUCUGUGUUUCUCUUCAUCUUUCCACUGCAGCACCACUCUAUCUGCAGCUUAAACUGCAGGCUUUCAUUAAUUAUCAGUGUUUAUUAUUCUGUGAAAAUUCAUAUACUUGAUCCUAUUGUUUAUCCUUACGCACUAAUUUACUAGCAAUUAACUCUAGGUUUUCUGGGUGAGGCAAAAACAACAUUAAUCAAUAAGUAGUUUAAUUAUCAUUAUAUUGGAGGGUGAAGAUGACGAAUUUACGAAUAGAAAGUGCAAUUUUGUUGUUUUGCGUUAUGCUGAUGAAUGGCAUUUGCAGAUCGGCAUCUGUUCCUUCCAAAGAUAAACUCGUCGGAGUUUCCCCUGAAGAUGAAAAGUAUUACAGAGGAUGGUCAUCUUCUGGUACCAUAAAAUGUAAAGAUGGAUCAAGGAAAUUCAGCAAGUCUCAGUUCAAUGAUGACUUUUGCGAUUGCCCUGACGGCUCGGAUGAGCCCGGAACAUCUGCUUGCCCCAAUGGGAGGUUCUAUUGCAAGAAUGCAGGACAUGUUCCACUGUUCUUAUAUUCUUCUAGAGUCAACGAUGGUUUGUGCGAUUGCUGUGAUGGAAGUGAUGAGUAUGAUGGCAAAAUUAAGUGCCCUAAUACUUGUUGGGAGGCUGGAAAAGUCGCAAGAGAUAAAUUGAAGAAAAAAAUAACAACAUAUGAAGAAGGUCUCAUUAUUCGAAGGCGGGAAAUUGAACAAGCAAAAUUAGCAAUAGCAAAAGAGGUGGCCGAACUAUCAAAGCUGAAAGAUCAGGAGAAGAUACUCAAGGGAUUGGUUGAACAACUCAAGGAGCGCAAAGAACAAAUAGAGAAGGCUGAGGAAAAAGAACGGUUGCGGAAAGAAAAAGAAGAACUAGAAAGAAAGGAAGAUGAAGAAUCUAAAUUGAAGCAAAGCAAAACUGAAGAGAAUGCUGGAAGUAUAGGAGAACCUGAGAAGAAUGAUAUCCAUGAUAAGAUUGGUUUACUAGAUGAUUCUCCACCUCUGCAGGAUAUCGUGGAGGAUAAUCAUAAAUCUGUUGGUGACCCUGAGAUUAGUGAUAAGAGCAACGGAGUCGAACAGGUGAAAGAGGCUUCUCUCCAGGAUACUGAACAGAAUGAGGGAGAUUCAACUGUUGAUGGCAAAGCUGGUCUUGAUACUGGAAAUCAGGAGAAAGACGGACUUGAAGAUUCCGAGUCUUUAUCUCGAGAAGAGUUAGGGCGUCGUAUUGCUUCUCGAUGGACUGGAGAAAUGAAUGAGCAACAAACCAAGGAGGUUGAUACCUCUAAAGAUGAUGAUCCUCAAAACCAUGAUGAAACACUUGACGAUACCCAUGAUGAGGAAUAUAGUGGCUAUGACUCAGAAGACGUUGAGCAGAGGUAUGAUGAUGAUGAUGAUGAUGACACUGAAGACCAGUCGGAAGAGUAUGGUGGGGAGGAUCUUGAGGAUUCAAGUUCUUCAUACAAACCUGAGUCAGAUGAUGAAUUACAAGUAUCAGAUAUAACUGGUAUGGAUAGCCAAUCGUGGCUGGAGAAGAUACAGCAAACUGUGAGGAGCAUCUUUCAGGCUGUCAAUUUUUUACAAACUCCUGCGGAUAUAUCUGACGCUGCACGUGUACGCAAAGAGUACGAUGAAUCGAGUUCAAAGUUAUCCAAAAUACAGUCAAGGAUAUCAAGUCUCUCACAGAAGCUAAAAUAUGAUUUUGGAAAGGAGAAGGAAUUCUAUUCAUUCUAUGGUCAAUGUUUUGAGAGCAAGCAGAACAAGUAUGUUUACAAAAUCUGUCCUUUUAAACAAGCUACUCAAGUGGAGGGUCAUAGUACAACUCGAUUGGGGAGCUGGGAGAAAUUUGAUGAGUCCUAUGAAUCCAUGCUAUUUUCAAAUGGAGAUCAUUGCUGGAAUGGCCCAGAUCGAAGUAUAAAGGUGAAGUUAAGAUGUGGUUUGAAAAAUGAAGUUAUAGACAUAGGUGAACCAAGCCGCUGCGAAUAUGUAGCCUUGUUGUCUACGCCAGCCUUGUGUGUGGAAGAUAAACUUAAGGAACUGGAAGUUAAACUAGAGACGAUGAACGAGGAGCAACCACAGGGUCACGAUGAACUUUGAAUCCCUUGGAAAGUUUUUCAGACAAAAAAUCUUACUAGAAUCGAACUCUCGUGAGAAGAAUUGUUCUUCACCUUGGGUGACAAAUGCUGGAAUUGUUUCUAGACGAUGUCUGGAAGAGAACUACAAGCUAAUAAGCCAAAGUUGUGAAUUGAGAUUUCUAAACAGAGAAGAAAAAACAUCAUCAACUCGUUUUUGGUCGUAACUUCACUUAUUUUUUUCUAUAUUUAGCUCUAAUUACUUUGCAUCCUUUAAGACAAUCUCACGACCUGUGAUUUUUGUUAUUAAUUUGAUAAUUGUAUGCAUUUUCUUCGUCACCUCGAUCCGACCACGACUGGGUGACUUUUGCACGCUUUCUAA